AUGGCUGACCCAUUGAGUUUAUUCGCAGAAUGCACCUUCGCCUUCGUACCAAGCGCCUACCUGGCUCCCAAGGAAAUCAGCGAGCUGGCAGAAAUCGUCAAGGGCCGUGGCGGUACAGUCCUUGACCCGAGACGCGAUGGCUCCAUUAGGCUCGAAGCGGUUUCCCACAUCGUUUCUAACACCAUCGACUUUCCCCAGUUCACCGAGACCCAAGCCUACAUGAUCCCCGUCAUCAAUCCGGGUUGGAUCAAGGCAUCCAUCCUGAGGAGUAAACAGGCCCAGGUUCGGCCCUACUCCCCCGAUCCGCGUAUGUUUUUCUGCAAGGUCACCAUCACCUGCGCCGGACUCCCCGAAAUCGACAAGGAGACCAUCAUUGGCGCCACCUUGGCCAUGGGCGGUAUGGAAACCGCCGACGUCUCUCGACAGACCACUCACAUCUGCGCCUUGUCCAUGGACCAUCCCAAGUGUAUCACCGCCAAGGAAAAGGGACUCAAGUGCAAGAUUGUCCUGCCUCACUGGUUCGAAGACUGCUUCAAGCUCGGCAAACGAAUCGACGAAGGCCCCUACAUGCUCCCCGAACCCGAAAUCCUGCGCAGACCCGAGAACCAGGGCGAAGUUCAGAUCCCCCAAUACAACCAUCUCCAGGGAGCGACCUCGACCACUCCUAAUCACCUCGCCGACGGCCCCCGCAGGGCCGCCACAAUAUUCCGAGACAAGAAAGUCAUGCUCUCGGCGGACCUUAACAUCACCGCACGAUCGUUGGAGGUUGUCAAGCAGCUCAUUGUCAACGGAGGUGGCAGGAUUGUGGACGACGUGGAUAUAUGCGACUAUUUUGUCUGCCAAUACCGCCAUGGAGAUCAGUAUGUCAAGGCAGCUCAGUCAGGGAAGGAUGUCGGAAACCUGUCUUGGCUCUAUCAUCUUAUCACCCACAACGAGUGGACAUCCCCUCUCCGUCGGCUUCUCCACUACCCGGUUCCCAAGGACGGCAUCCCGGGCUUCAAGGACCUCAAGAUAUGCCUUUCCAACUACGGUGGCGACGCUCGCAUAUACCUCGAGAACUUGAUCAGAGCAACGGGCGCCACGUACACCAAGACGAUGAAGGCAGAAAACACCCACCUCAUCACGGCACGAAACAGUAGCGAGAAGUACGAGGCGGCCAAGGACUGGAAUAUCGAGACGGUCAACCACCUGUGGAUCGAAGAGAGCUACGCCAAAUGCGAGAUGCAGAGGGUUUCCGUCCCAAAAUACUCCCACUUCCCGGUUCGCACGAAUUUGGGCGAGGUUAUCGGCCAGACCUUUUUCGACGAGUACUGUUUGCGGGAGGCCCACUACCCCGGUGGCGAGGAGCACAUGUCGCCGCAAGCUCAGAGGAAGCGCAAGAUCCUCGAGGCUGCGCAAGAGAACUCGUACAACCACGGACCUGCAGAGGGCGUGGUCAUCGGCAGACAGGAGGUGAAGGAGCAAGAGGUCGUUGACGACAGCUUCAUGACGCCCAUCCGUCCCAAAAAAGGCAGCCGUGACAAGGAGAACGACACUCCGUCGGUCAUCUCAACAGGCAGCCGAAGCGCAAAGAGCAAGGCCCUCACCAACCUCCAGCGCAUCGCCCCGGAUAUCGCACUGUACGAGAAGGAAAAGAAGCGAGCCAAGGACGGCAACGGUCCGUGGGGUGGCAAGCGUGCUGCCGAUCAAAUCGACAGGGAACGCCGGCGCACAUCAAGCCCGGCGCAACCCAUGGAUAUCGACGAGGAUGACGAAAGGCCGGCCAAGAAGAGCAGAUCUUCGCGCCCAGAUGUCGAGAUGAGAGUUGUAUUGACUGGCUUCACAAGAUGGGUCAAUGGCAAAUCCAAGGAAGACUCAGAAAGGGCAAGUUAG